UAUAGUUCGCGCACAGCUGCAGCUGACUACUGCUUUCGCGACUGCGAAUUUUCAAGUUGAACCUGUUCGUCGUCGUGCAUUCGUGUUUCCUUUUUGUUGCCUGCCGAUCCGAUUGAUACGCAGACCGUAGUAAAAUCAUUUCAAUUUUGACGCGCCGCCGCCCGGCCUAUUCGCCCGUUCGCCGCAAGUCCUCGACCUGAGCACACCCAUAGGUAUCCAUAAUAACAUAGCCGAACGCUGUCGCGUUCGGCCCACACGUCCGUCGAUAUAGGGUGACGAUGCAGUGUAGCAUUAGUCGACAUUUCUUGCCGACGUUUUGUCUAUUGCCAAGUUAAGGGAACCACUUCAUCAUGCCCGCCAACGGUCACGAUCACGAAGAACUGGUGGUUUUGCCACCAAAUGCUUUGGACAUGAGGACAACAGGGGUGAAUAACAACAACAACAACAAUAACAACAAUAACAACCAGGCAUUCAAUGUACGAGAUCGCUUGUUCUACGCUCUGUUUUACAAGGCCACCCUGGGGUAUGCGAGAAUAUUCCCAAGAUCUCUAAGGAGGCUUAUAGAAUUUGUAUUUUUAUUAAAGGCUGUUCUAUCAUUUUUUGUACUCGUUUAUGUGCACAUGAAUUUCUCACGAAUGCCGGCCAAUUGUUUAGACCAUGUUAAAGAUGUUUGGCCUAGAGAUGGUAUACUCAGAGUGGAGAUCAUUCGAAGUUAUCAGCGCAGUCAUGCAGAACAAACAGGCAUGAUAAACGAAUUGUUCACAGUUGAAAAAUCUUAUGAACGUGAAUACAAACUAAAACGUUUGGAUACAAGUGAUGAAAAUGCGUCAUUGUUCAACCGCUUUACUAAAACUAAUAAUCCUGAGAAUAAAGGAGAGGUUGAUAUUGAACCAUCAACAGAAGGGUUAGUUGAAAAUAAAUUUCGAGAUACAGCUCAAAACAGCCCAAAACCUAGCUUAUUCAACUACUUAUCAUUUACAAAUUACAUAAGCUUUGAAGACGAAAAAAAAGAAAUGUAUAGCAGUACCACUAAGACAAAUCGUCAUACCACUAGUAAAUCAAAUUUUUCUCUAGUAGAAGACUCAGCACAAUUUCGUUCUACUAAGUAUCCAAAUAGUUCUAUUAGAGGUGUAUUGGGAAUCGAUACUAGUUCAUUAUUCCAGUCUACAAGUACCUCGUCACCUCCGAUCGACGACAAUGAUGUAAUAUAUUAUGAGAAUUACAUUGUUGAAUAUUCAUUGGAGUAUGGGUUCUUGCGUUUGUCGCCCAGUGCCAGAAAUCGAUUGGGCAUUCCUGUUAUGCUAGUAGCCCUAGAGCCUACUCGAAACAAGUGUUUCGGCGAUUCGGUGGGCCAGUUUUUCUUAGAGUAUUUCCUUGGCUACGAUGACUUACUGAUGUCCUCCGUUAAAUCACUGGCUGAAAAUGAACAAAACAAAGGAUUUCUGAGAAACGUCAUUACUGGAGAACAUUACAGAUUUGUGAGCAUUUGGAUGGCUAGAACGUCUUACAUUGCAUCAUUUUUCAUAAUGGUCGUGUUUACUGUUUCGAUUUCAAUGCUCUUGAGGUACUCACACCAUCAGAUAUUUGUUUUCAUAGUGGAUUUGCUGCAGCUAUUAGAUUUUCACGGUUCGCUCUCUUUCCCGGCGGCGCCACUUUUGACCGUCAUACUGGCUUUGGUCGGCAUGGAGGCCAUUAUGUCGGAAUUUUUCAACGACACCACCACGGCGUUUUACAUCAUAUUGAUCGUCUGGGUAGCUGAUCAAUAUGAUACUAUAUGCAGCCAUUGUCCGAUCACGAAAAGGCAUUGGCUAAAGUUUUUCUAUCUGUACCACUUUUCGUUCUACGCUUACCAUUAUCGGUUCAACGGUCAGUAUAGCAAUUUGGCUCUCAUCUGUUCGUGGUUCUUUAUUCAGCAUUCCAUGAUUUACUUUUAUCAUCACUACGAGCUGCCGUAUGUGCUGCAGCAAGCUCAACUGCAGCAGGUGAUCAUCCAGCGGCAACAGCAACAGCACCAGCAGCAUCAGCACCAACACCAGCCGACCGGCGGGGAGUCCUUGCGUCCGGAGGGCAGAAGUCCGGUAGAGGUGACCAUCAGGCCGGUUCAGCAUUUCAGCCUGAUGAACGGACUGAAUAACCUGGGUCGUUUGCGGGCGGUGCUCUUGCGUCGGCGGAGGGUGAGGACUUUCGAGCCUCCGCCGCCACCACCAACUAACCAACAGAACACGUCUCCACAGCCUCCCCGGACGCCUUCGACGACGUCCGACGCGACCGGAAGUGCUGGUCCGGAAAACGUUACGGCAGCGGCGCCCACUGUCGCAAUGCAAUAGUGUGCUUUAUACCCGCGAUGAGCUGCCAAACUACCUACCACCUAUACCUUACAUACCUAUCUUACUUACCUUAUAAUACUCUUCAACAACAACAGCAACAACUCCUACAAUAACGAUGUUGACGACAAUUGCUACUACUGCUCCUCCUGCUAUUAUUGUAAUAAAGUUUUUAUAAUGCCGCGCAUAUUAUAUUAUUAUAUUAUAAUUAACACAUUAACGCCCUAUAAUCUGUGAUAUAUGAUAUACGUGUGAUAACGGUGGUGACAACGACGAAGACGAGUAAAAUGAUGUAUAUAAUAUAUGUACUUAUGUAUACAUCACGGGACUUGAAACGGCGGCGGCGUAUGUAUAGCGAUCGUUUAAUUAAAUAUAUUUUAUUGCUUUUGUUAUUAUUAUUAUUAUUAUUAUUAUUAUUAUUAUUUUGUAUUUUAUAUUUUAUUCUUUGGAAAACGGUACGCGAGAGCCAUCCGGAAUUCAUCGUUUAUACGAUAAAUAAUAAUUUAUUAUCGUAGUAAUAUUAUGUUUAUCGUUCGCACAAACUCAUUCGCGUGAUUGUGGGGGUAUGUGAAACUGGCCGCUCCGCCGCUUUCGUCCUUGCGGUUGUGAUGAAAGUGGCAUCGGAAAAUAUAAGUGGUGAUGGAGCCAGGGAACGUUUUUUUCUUAUUUUAGGAUUGUAUUUGUUUUUAUUUUCACUCUACCUAGUUUGUAAAUUACAAUUGUAUAUUUUUUUGUUCUAUAGCAUUUGUAAUUAAUAUUUAUACAUAUUAAUUAUUAUAUGCCAUUUGUUAUUUUAAAAUAUUGAUAUUAUAUAAUUUUAAUACCGUUGUACUAUAAUAUAUUAUCGUGCAGUGUUAUGCUGUAUAUGACGUGUACGUACGUUUUUCGAACAUUCAAUUAUAUUAUAUAAACAUGUACGAAG